AUGUCUAACAGACCCUCUCGUCGUCGUGAUGAUGAUAACCACAAAGCCGAUAGGCAGCAGCUGGCUCGGGCUGAGCAGGUUGAUCCCUUCGGUGUCGGCACGAUUGAUAGGAUGUUCCGCGAACACGAACAGGCAAUGGACAACAUGAUGGAGGGAAUAGAAAGAGACAUGUCUCUUGCCACUCAAGCCGCCGCCGGUGAUGACCUCAUCGGAGGAAUGCUCCCUACAGGUCAGCAUCCACAACAAGGGCAGUACUCGAGUCAGGUCUAUGUGUCCUCUAGUCGUCGUGGCCCCGAUGGCAAGACCGUCACGGAGCAGUAUCAAAGCUCGACUGUGGGAGAUGCCGAUAGGAAGCUACGAGAGCAGCAGGAGUUGUAUGCCAACUCGGGUACUGGUAUUGAUAAGAUGGCCUUGGAGAGGACCAUGGGCGAACAAGGCCGCAGAGUCGUCCGUAGCCGUAACCGCAACACUGGUGACCAAAACACCCAAGACAUGCUCAAGGGUGGGCUCACUGAAGAGAACGCUGCCGAGUUCGACCAACGUUGGCAAGAGGAUGCCGUGCCUCACCUGCCUCCUCAUGGAGCACCUGGGAUGCCUGCCUUGGGUGGUGCUCAUUAUAGCGGCAUCGAAGAUGCUGGUGAUAGGCAGUCAAGGAGAAGAAGCCACGAGCAGCGACAGCUGACUGGCAUCUAA